AUGCUCCAUCUUUGGUGGGUGGGUGUUAAACAAGCAUUUAGCCAGCCGGACGGUAAUGGAUGGAUGGAAGAUAAAUGGAAUGCUCUGCCUGCUCACGUGUUCCCCCCUACUUACAACCUGGAAUCCUUUAAAAGAGCCGUGAAUAAGCAACAUGCAGGCCGGCAAGGUGAGGAUGGCUGGUGUGGCAGCUAUCUGCCAACAUAUCCGAAAGAAGUGUUGUUUUAUAAUGGUGGAUUGCAGAUUUUAGACCCGGAUACGAAACGGGUGGUUGGAACUUUACGAGUGAAAAAUCACUUCGGCGUCAUAGAAUGUUUGUUGCGUCUCCCAGCUUACUACACGGUGCGGGCGGCGACUCAUGUCCAGGUGUUCUCUAUAUCCAAGAAGGUUCUAUCCAGAGCUAUGGACUUGCCGCAAAUAAAGGAUGCCAUAGAAUUUGCGAAGGAACGUCCGGAGUAUUCCCGCCUGCUGCUGAGCCGCGAGUCGUUCCAAUCUUACGAGCCGCUCGCGCCCGCGCCGAACACGGAGAGAUUCCUGCUCCCGCGCAAGUAUGAGAGGGAUUACGACUUCCGACAACCGUUCAAAAGACUUGGAUUCUUCUCUAUAUUGAGGUACAUUUUCCCUCGGUUCACGAUCCGUCCAGAUGGGGCGUACCUCAUGCGGUACGAGUGGUUCCGCGGCGCGUGCGCACUGCUCGGCGCCGCCGUGUUCCCCAGCUACACGUACCUGGAGCUGCAGUGGCCUGCCCUAUACUUCGUGGCGCUGCUGCUCGACCUGGCCGCCUACUUCGACAUGUCAGUAAGCCGUAUCCCCAGCUACAAGUUCUUGAAGCUGCAGUGGGCCGCGCUAUACUUAGUGGCGGUGCUGCUUGACCUGGCUGCCUACUUCGUCAUCCUGCAACGUAUGCUGGUGGGGUACUUCAACGCGGAGGGCGCGCUGGUGUUCCACCCGGCCAGUACGACAGCCCACUACCUGAAGGGUGCCUUCUUCGUUGACCUGCUGGCCUGUCUGCCGCUGGAGAACCUCGAGUCGCCACUCUUGGAGUCCGCUCAAGACAACCACCGCACGAAGAGCCGGCAGUUCCUGAUGCUGAACCGGCUGCUGCAGCUGUACCGCCUGCGCAGCGCCAUGCUCUGCCUCGACGAAUACAUCGAGCGCCGAGACAUACUAUUAGUAAUCAAGGCCAUUCCAUUGUACAUUGUGAUCCUGAACACGAUGACGUCACUAAUGGUGCUCGCUUCUGUGUGCUUCUACGUGGCCGACAGCGGCGAGUCUACUAUAGCUCCAUUCCAUGACAAGGGUGGCUCUUGGAUUUACUUGUUUGGGGAUACUUUUCGCUUCAACCUGACGGAGUCGCCUUGGAACUUGCACUUGGCGACGUACUUCUGGGUGGUGUACGCGACUACCACAACGGGUUACGGCUGCUUCCAGCCCAGCAACCUCUACAUUAUCACUGUGCUGUUCGUCGGCAUGGUCUUAAGUAGCAUGAUGACGACGUACCUGUCGGUUCGCAUCAUCAGCGUGCGCGCGAAGGUCAACAAGCAGCUGGCGGCCUACCAGGAACACAUAAAGGACAUCGUUGUUUUCAUGGAGCGAGAACACCUUCCCAAGAACCUGCAGAAAGAAGUGCUGGAUUAUUACGAGUACAACUGGGAGAAGACUGGCGGCAUCGACUACACCAGUGUGCUGAAGUUGUGCGAUCAGAUCACUCUACGGACCGACGCCAUUCUGCACAUCUAUGGCCGAACAUUCGAGAAGUGUCCGUUCCUGGCUGAGUGCGACGUAUCCCUGUUGCGCAUCAUCGGGAGAGCAGUCCGCAGCACUUACUUCCUGCGGGACAUGAUGCUGGUUGACAUCGAUGAUGUCAUCGCCGACUUGUACUUCGUCGACGAAGGCGUACUCGCCGUCAAGGAUAGCACCAGCUCCUCCAGCACAAUCGCGGUACUAACCAAGGGCAGCGUGUUCGGAAACCUGGACAACUUGCCCACGGUGCGUUGUAGCUCUGCUAUCACGGCGCAGAGUAUGGUGCAUGUGUUGCAUAUCGAUGCCGUGACCUUUCAUCAGAUUAUCAGUGACUUCCCACAAGUUGCUAAGGACAUGGAAACGUUUCGAUCAGAGGAACAGAGCUUUAUCAUGGGUCGGGUAGAAGACAUUUCGAUAUCCAGAAAGGAGCAUGCUAUGAGCACUAUGAUGCUCUUCCUCAACAACAAGAGGCUCUCCCAAUUCUUCUACAAGGACAAAUACAUCCAGACAUACUUGAUGGUCAUCUCUUUAGCGUGUGUGUACGCUGACGUGUACAAUGCCGGAUUCCAGCAUAACACCACCUCGUUCGUGGCAUUCCUUUACGCAUUGGAUGUGUGCUUUUAUUUGAAGAUAUUGAUGUAUUACUCCCUUCCGUAUCUUGCAAAUUCAGUACAUACAAAGAAGGCUCUCAUACCUAUCAAGCAGUCAUAUAUGAAAAAUGAGUUGAAAUACGAUAUAGUAUCAUGUUUCCCGACUGAGUUGAUGUGUUUUGCGUUUCAAAACCACCGAUGGAUGGUUUUUUCUUGGCUCCGCCUGAACAGAUUAUUUCGCAUAGUAACAGCGUACAGAUGCUUGUCACGUCACCGGGAGCGCAUUAUAGUCAACCUAAUGCUGAGCACAGUACUGACGGUGCUGAUCUGGUUCACGCUCAUCAUACACACCAUGGUCUGCAUGUGGUACUUCAUCGGAGUACUGCAAGACAUGGCCGAACCUAACUCCUCGUGGAUGCAUAAAAAUGAUGGCGGCAGCUGGUGCCACAACAUGUACAUAUGUUCCAUGUACUUCGUGCUCACCACCUUCACGCAGAACGGAGUCGGGGACAUAAUGCCCAAGAAUCAGCCGGAAGUGAUUUUCGUCUCGGUGAUGCAGAUAGUGGCGAUGCUGCUGUACAUGAUAUUCGUGGGGGAGUUCUCCAACAUGAUCCAGUUCAGUUUGUACAGAUGUUUCAGUUUCUACAGCAAGUAUCUGGAACUCCAGGAGUUCCUGAAGAACAACCGAGUAUCAAAGAACCUAGUGAGCAUGGUGAACGAGUACUCGCUGCACCUGUGGCGCGAGUCCCGCGGCAUGCAGGUGCCGUGCUUCCUGCAGGCUGCGCCGCAAGCUCUGCGCCUGCGCAUCAUGUCGGCCACCUAUAUGCACCACCUCACACAGAACCCUGUCUUCAAGGAAUGUGAACCGGCGUUUCUGCGACAGCUGGUCGGAUGUCUGCAGCUGUACACGUACGACGAAGGCUUAUACGUAGUAAGGAAGACUGAAAUCACUGACUCUAUGUACAUGAUACAUAAUGGUCGCGUCCAGGAGAUCACUUCGAGCCCACAGGAAGACAUUGUCUACAAAUCUUCAGAGUACUUCGGAUUAGAACAAGGCCUAUUUUAUGAUACUCCAUUUCCUAACUCAUAUCGCACUGUAAUAAAAUCACAAGUUCUUACCCUAAAACUUGGAGACUGGGCUUACCUUUUAAAACACUUUCCGAAGACCAAAAAUUCUAUUUACAAACACUUUAAUAGAUAUGACGAUAGUUCUAAUGAUAAACCUGAAACUGAAACUGCUUACAACAAUUUUAAUGGUAAUAGUCGUUUCGACAGCCUUAACAAUCCAAGCGAUAAAUUCACACAACCAGAAGAUACUACUGAUAUUCCAACUAAACCAAUUUUGCCAGAAUCAAUUUCCGAUAAGAGAGAUGUUUUAAAUCCCGUAAUCGCUGACAUUCCUGCAUUACAUUCUAAUGCGGCUACAUCUUCAUUUCAUCGUUCUUCAAAAGGGGAACUAGAAAAUAUUACUUCAUUAGUUGAUAGUGCUACACAUGUUGGUGAAACAAAUGAAAUUGAUCUGCGCACGCCUGAUAAAGCAAAUGUUGGACCUACAGAAGACAAACAAGAAUUUUUACCUCAUAAGAUUGAACAGGUGAUGAAUAAUAAUAAUACACAAGAGUUUAUUAGUGAAUCCAAUCAAUCACCAUCAAGCCUACCUACAACAUCGAGAGGGCCGCGAGAUGUAGAAGAGGCUAUAGCAAUAUCAUCUACAUUAAUAAAAAAAAUAGAAACGAAAGCAAAGGAAUUGUUCGAUUAUAAGAAGGAUAGUAAAACAUAUGUGACUGACGAUGAAUCUAUUAGUAAAGAUAACUUGUUGAUAGAAAAAGAUGAAGAAGCAACAACUGCACUUUUGAAAGAAUUCUCUGAAAAAACUAAUUCAACGAUAAAUCUCAAAGAUGAAACAAAUAAAAAUGAAUUUCUUAAAGAUAUCGAUAUUUCUGAUGCAAACUCAGUAGAAACUCUUGACCUUGAAGCACUAGAGCAAAAGUCAAUAUUAACGAUUGAGGUAUCUUUAAAAGAUAAUAUGUUAGCAAUCGUGGCAAACGAUGAAGCAAAACAAAUACGCGAGGAAGUAUCCACACAAGCGCCUAAGCUAAAGGAAUUUAGAAAAAAAGCAAAUCAAUCAAAAAGUCAUACUGAAUCUAAUUUAAGUAUAAGGGACGCCGAUGGUGAAACAGAAUCAGCAAAACCUGAUGAAGAAGCUUAAUCUGAAGAAGAGCCUACCUCAAACAGUGGAAAUCAAACGGAGGAGAGUGGUUCAAAUUCAAAGUUUUAA